AUGCCAGCCGAGGGAUGGUCAUAUACACCACAAAGUCUUCACUACAUCCGAUUACCACUACUUGAGACCCCCACAACGGCCGUGGCAAUGAUCUCGCGGAGCCUUUUGAUCUGCGUCUGUGCGGCCCGGUCAGCGCUGGCCACCGCAUAUCCCGGUCCGUUCGAGGCAAGCGCCGAGCGUGGAAAUCCUCAGGAGGAGGAUUUCUUGUGGAAGGAGUACGGACUCAACAAGUCCGCCGAGUUCAAGUAUUUCCAUGAACCGGGACGCGACGACAUUCUUGGUCAUUACGAUACACGGUUUUUCACCGAGCCCGUCUCAGCUAAGGCGCGGUCACAGACCUUGACACACAUGGUUCGCGCGUAUUUGAAAUUCUUCGACGACAAUGGCAUGGAUACAUGGAUCGCACACGGCACCCUGUUGGGGUGGUGGUGGAAUGGCAAGAUCAUGCCGUGGGAUUGGGAUAUCGAUACCCAAGUAACCGAUACCAUGCUGCUCCAUCUCGCCGAUCAGUAUAACCAGACGAUUGUCCACUACAGACCUAGACUCCGCGAUCCGGAGCUCAGCUACCUGCUCGACGUUAAUCCCUGGGCUCGGCAACGGGACCGGGGGCAGGGGUUGAACAUUAUCGAUGCACGAUGGAUUGAUAUGCAGACUGGUCUCUAUAUCGAUAUCACCGGCCUGAGUCAUCUGGACCCGGAGAACCCGGACGUGUGGCAAUGUAAGAACAACCACAAGUAUCACACCAAGGAUAUAUACCCCUUGCGGAGGACAACCUUCGAAGGGGUGUCGGCGAAGGUGCCAUUCCAAUACAAGUCAGUCUUGACCGAUGAAUACCAAACACAAGCCUUGACAUCAACGCAUUUCCAUAAUUAUACCUGGCAUCCGAAUCUAGAGGAAUGGGUUCCCGACACAACCCUUGGCGAUCAGGAGAGCAAGGAAGGCCGUCAAUAUGAAUAA